AUGGGAGGCUUUGAGGGUCACCUGUUUCCAGGGCUGUGUUUCUUCUUUUAUGGUCUUUAUCAUGCACAAAUGUCCUUCAAGGCCUCAAUGUGCAACUGUCCUGCCCAGUAUCCACCAACUCGUCCUUGGAGCAAGGGAAGAUGGGCCAAGCUGCGGCAAAUAUACUACGUUGGAUUGCUGAAGAUGUUGGGCGCCUGCAUUUUAGUAGCUCAAGAACUGCAUAGCAUUCCUGGACAGUUUGUACUUAUCACCAAGCUAUACCACCAGCGAAACUUUUUAUACCACAAACAGUGGCAGCAUCUUACAUUAUAUCUGAGCUUCUUCCUAAGUGGGUGUGUAGAUGUGUUGAGCCAGAACUUGCUGCCCUGGAGAUGUGCUCCUUUGGAACAAGGCGGCCAAGCCUUAACCUUGUGUGUGUGCCUGCCUUUGAUGGUGUCUCACAUUCAGGACACAGAAGGAGUGGAGCGUCAGGGUCACAUCCUGCUCAUCCAGGCCAUCUUCCUGCUGACGGUGGUGGUGAUCGCAGAGCUGUGGGCUCCCGACCUGCCUCAGAUCUGGGUGAUGAAAGCCUUUUUCAAUAUGCUGGUAGGCUCUUGGCUGAUGCAUUUAGGCUUUAUGCUGUUCAGACCCAUUUCUGGCUAUAAAUGGAUGGAUGAUGACAACAAUGACAUUCUCUUUGUCACCAUCUUCUUCAGCUGGCAUGUGAUCUUUAUCGCUGUUUUGAUGAUCUGGAUCUAUGGUGUCUCCUUCGUGUGGUAUUGUUACAUCUGUUGA